AAACCUGGUAUGUAGUGACACGCAUGCUGAUCGCGCCAAAAGGUGUUUAAUACAUGGUCGAACACGUGUGCCAAAUGUAAUCGCAGCGAGCUGAGUGGAAACCAUGGGCAGAUUUUGGAACGAGCUAUUAAUGGUGCUGAUGCUGGCGGAUAUAUUGGUCAUGGCGCUGGCGCGCAAAGAAGGCAAAGCGCGGAAGCGCAAAGUGGAGGGCCAGCAGGACACGCAGCCGCAGCGCAACGCCACUUCCUUCCAGAUUCCCCUCGACCCCAUUCUGACCGGAGACCACACAGCAGGAGCCGGAGAACAAGAGGUGGACUUCGACAAGGCCAUAGAUGACAUGGUGUCCCAGGUGAGGAACAACCCGGCUCUGUCCAAAAGCAAGUGCGUAGUGGACCGCCACCUGUGGAUGUCCAACAGUCGAAGCCUCUCCCCGUGGUCAUACAGGAUCAAUCAUGACGAGAACCGCAGGCCCGUCGACAUACCGGAGGCCAAGUGCGCAUGCGCGGGCUGCAUUAACCCGUUCACCAUGCAGGAGGACCGCUCAAUGACCAGCGUGCUCAUCUACGCCAAGAUCCCGGUGCGGCGGCUGCAGUGUCCCCGCAAGAAGAAGAAGAAGUGCGUGCCGCGUUACCGCACCGUGGUGGAGAGCAUCGCCGUGGGCUGCACGUGCAUAGCAGGCUGACUUCAGCCAAACUAAUCUUCACGAACUCUCACUCUGAUCACGUUUGUUUUUAUUAUUAUUAUUAUUAUUAUUAUUAUUACUGUUCAACUUCAUGUACAUGCUCAAAGUCAAGUUGCUGAACCAAACCGAAAGGGAAUCACAGUGUAUCCUUCUACACCAGAGCAACUACACUAUCUGUCCAUUUGCCCCCCACAAUUGAGUAUUGCUGAUGUUGUUGUUUUUCUUUAUACUGGUUAUAAACACUUUAUUAUUAGCCAUCUGAUUAUUUAGCUACUACUUUUUAUGCAGUUAAGCAAAGUUAAGUCACUUUUCUCUGUUUCAUGAUAUAAGCAGUGAAUUAGCAAGGCAACGUGAAAGCUACUCUUUUUUUCUAUUUGUUAUUCAUUAGGCCACAAGGUACCUUAUGUCACUUUGCUGUAUUGUGUUUAAAUUUAGGGCAUUUGGCUGACGCCCUUAUCCAGAGUGACUGACAUUUAUCUCAUUCAGUUGAGGGAUAAUGGCCUUGAUUAAGGGCCCAGCAGUGGCAGUAGUGCAACGUCCUAACCACUGAGUUAUCAAUCUUUCCUACUGAAU